AUGGAAGUGCAUAUUCUGCGUUUCGCUAGAAACUUAAUGAUUUUGGUUGGUGUUUGGCAAGACGACUUUUCUUGUACUACAAAACAAAAAAUUUACCACAUAUUCUCUUACAUUAUUCAUGGUUUAUUUUCAACAGUAUGCUUCAUGAUCCUUAUGGAACUCCCGAAUUUAUUGGGAAAUGUGAGGAAACUCCUCGAUGAUAGUUUUUUUGUAUCUGUCGCAGUUUUAACAUCAGUGAAAAUCGCUAUAUUCCGAAGCCGUAAGUUUCAACAUUUGAUUAAUCAAGUCAUUGGUGAAGAACAAGAUAUGCGUACUGAUCUAGAUGAAGAUGAACACAUGAUAUAUCUAAAAUAUGCUAAUUACGUAUACAAGCUUUCUACUGCCGUAUUGGUUGGUGUUGCUAGCACCACUUUGUAUUUAAUAAUCAAGCCCAUUAUACAGGGAAUGAUAAACCCGGACGUUGAAAAACCAAUGAUAGUUAUUGCCAGGGUACCAUUCGACCAAGACCAACAUUAUAGAGCAUCUUUGAUGGUUCAGUCUAUGUAUUUUACAGUAGGUUCGGUAUAUUAUUGUACGACGCAAAUUUUUUACAUAAGUAUAACGACUUUUGUUAAAUCACAAUUGAAAAUUUUGCAAUAUCGGUUUAGAAAUUUUGACGCAUAUAGGAAGAGGUUUGAUUCGUCGAUGACUGAUGAGGAUGUGAUAAAGAAGCUGAUUAGAUAUCAUAUUGUUAUAAUGAGAUUUGCUAAAGAGUUAAAUGACGCUAUAAAGUAUAUGUUACUUAUGGAAUAUGUAUUGAUUUCAAUAACCAUUGCAACAGUAACUUUUCGAUUGAUAUUGGUUGAAGGGGCCAAUGAACUCGUCCUGUCUAUCAGUUGUUCGGCAGUGUUAAUUGCUCAGCUUUUUAUAUUAGGUUCUCAUGCAGACGAUAUAAGUAUUGAGAGCGUUGCUGUAGCAGAUGCUGUAUACGAAAUGAACUGGUACGAGAAAAGUCUUCAAGUACAGGACAUGGCGUUGAUCGUUAUAAUGCGCUCUCAAAAACCAUUAUCUUUGACUAUUGGCCCUUUUGCAACUUUGACUACCGGAACAAUCAUACCUGUGAUAAAUGCAGCAUAUUCCUAUAUUACUAUAAUGAGGAGAAUUAUUCAACGUCUUGAUGAGCUUUAGAGAAUUACUCUAUAUAAUUUGACUGGUUUGAUUUGAAGCAAAGAAAUUAUAUUUCUAAUCUAGCCCAAGGACCACAGCGCAGCGCACAGCACCUAAAAAUAGAUUUAGACGUUGAAAUUCGAAAAUUUUAUAUGCAAAAUUCGAAACUAAUUCUUUUACAGGGUGUUAAUGAAUCUAGUGACAUGCAGACGUUAAUUGAAAUUGAUGAAAAAUUUUCUUGCCUUGACUAUGAUUUGAACUCGGAAGACCCUCGCAUAGCCAGUACAAUGCUCUAACCCACUGAGCUACCAAGAUCUGUCUCAUUUCUACCUUUUCAGUCAAAUCUUUCAUCAUGCCUGCAGGUCUCCGUAGCUCAGUUCAGAUGGUUAGAACAUUGCAGUCGAUAUGCGAGGGUCCUAGGUUCAAAUCGUAGUCGAGGCAAGAAAAUUUUUCAUCAAUUUUCAACGUCUACGUACUGCGUACAGGCGAUAAAACUAGAAAAAUUGGUAGUUUUUCUGUUGAAUCCUGUCAUUGAAAAUUACGGUGUCACCAAAUGUGAAUAAAGAAUUUGCCCAAUCGGCCACUUUCACGUGUCGGGAGUAUGGCAAAUUAUGAUAUUUUUUGACGCAGAUAGGUACAUCAAUGCAACCGAGAAUAAACAAUAUUUUGCAAGAUAUUAGUUAGAUUAUUAAAUAAAUUAAUAAAUAAAAACUAAAAAUUUAAACGAAAAAUCACGUGAUUGAAAACGCUCUCUGAUUGGCUAAAGCUGAUGUUGACGUUUUUGUUGCCACAUGAUUAAGUACCUAUUCCCUAAAAUGACAUUUCUCCAUGGAAAACUGUCAAUUUAGGGAAUACUUAUUGUUAAGGCAUCCCUAAAAUAGUUGGUGCAAACGGCCAUAAAAGAAUAAUUCAAAUAUGUUUUUGAAAAAUGUGAAAGUGGCCCAUUCCACCUAUUUGCAUAGCAACGCGUUGACAUUGAAGUUCAUUGACAAAAUUAAAGAAAAAUAUUGCUAAGACAUAUCGGGUCUUCAAAAAAAAACCAAUCAAAGAUUGCUUUGGUUCCGAAAACGUACGUCGCAUUAUUGUUUCUUUAUUGGCCAGGAUUUUUGACAUGACAUUUUGACAUUAAAUUUCAUUGACUGACAUUGUCAAAAUUAAAGAAAAAUAUUGCUAAGACGUACGUUUAAAAAACCAUAGCAAUCUUUGAUUGGUUUUUUUUUUGAAGACCCGAUACCUACGUUCAAAAACCAUAGCAAUCUUUGAUUGUUUUUUUUUUUGAAGACCCGAUAAUACUAUAUAUAGUAUAGUUACACCAUCUAGACUAUAGAAUGGGCUCUUUCACUAGAAUUUAAAUAGGUAAUUUAAGUAUAACGAGGGGGGUAUUCUAGAUUAUUUUCCAAAAUAAAAAAAUGUAUGAGGUUGAAUAAGUAGUUUUCUACAGGCACUUAUAGUAACUGGAAAAAUUUAAAAUCAUUAAAAUGCGCCAGACGAUGACGUAUGUUUUAGCAUCAUACCAAUCAAAUUUAAGAAAAGUGCUCCAGCAGUCCAGUCUCCGUCUCCAGCGCAUUUUAUGAUUAAAACUAUUAAAUUUUUUAAUGCUACUGAAAUGUGCUUUACAUCCAAUCACACGCCAAUUUCAAAAAUGAGUGGAAGAGUCCAUUUUAUUGUAGCUUUCUCAAUAAGAUGCACAUAUUUUGUAUCUCUAAUUUUUG